AUGGCUACUCUUCCUAGGUCCACAAAGUACCCACCGGCGCCCGCAGAUCCCUCAUUUCACCGCCCUGUCUCUGAUUUUGACUCAGGCAUCAACACAUCCGUGGCCUGGACCGAACACCUCGAGAAUGCCUCGUCCUCGCCGCUCUCACUCUCCAAGGCGCGCUCGCGGCGGUACCUGUCCGAAUCAGACGCCAAACCGUCGCUCUCAGAGGAAGAAGAUGAUGAUGAUGACGAGCCGGAGAUGAUGACGCGUCCCGCACGCGCGCUGUACGCAUUCGAGGGCAAACCCGAGUUCCGCGAGCUGCGCGUCGAAGCAGGCGACGAGUUCGAGGUCAUAAAAGAAGACGUCGGCGACGGCUGGAGUCUCGUGAAAGACACUACGGGGGAGGUCGGCCUCUUGCCGCAGUCCUAUUACACGCUGACCACUGAACUUGCGCUUUCGCCUGAUAUCCAGCUCGAUGUCGAUGUCGAUGUCGCGCAACGCACAAAACGGCGCGAGGCGUCUGGGUCGUCGAUCACACCACGGGGCUCGCCGCGAUCGUCAGCGCAUCAGGGAUCGCUGACACCCUUGAUCCCUCAGCAUACUGGAGAGUGGCUGCCCAACUUUCCCAGCUUCCGACAAAGCCUCCUCGGUGGGAAAUCGCUCAACAGAUUCUCAAGCUUCGUAACCAGCGGCGCCGAAUCCUUCCUCCUCAACGGCAGUCCGACCCCAGAAGCCACAGUCGAACCCACCCCGAUCUCUAAACCCGGGCACGCAAAGGAAGACACAUCCGCCUCGCUCUUCGAAGCGUCCGAAGAGGAACGCACACGGCUCGCGAUUCUCGGGCUGGGGGAGGCGGACAAGCACCUCAUCGACGCAGGCCCUGCUGGCCCCGCAUGGCACGCGAAAACGCCGCCGCUUAACGUCCUCGUACAUUCACCCAGCAAGCGCACCUCGGGGCUUACAGGCGCAUACACGAUGUACAGUAUCACGUCCAUCUUUGCGCCCUCGCCUGCGCAGGCUGCUGCUGCUGCGGAGUGGGUCGAGGUCCCGGACCCGGACGACGUGCACCCGCCGUCGCCCACCGCUAUAUCUGCAUCUUCAUCUGCGUCUACAGGUGUAGGAGGAGACGGGAAGACGCGCAUCACCGUCCAGCGCCGCUUCUCGCACUUUGUGAUGCUGCACACGGCGCUGUCGCGCAGGCUGCCGGGCAUCGUGCUGCCCCCGCUGCCGGAGAAACAGUACGCGGGGCGGUUCAGCCACGACUUUGUCGAAGCGCGCCGCGGCGAUCUGGAGCGCUAUCUCUCCAAGAUCGUCAGGCACCCCGUUGUGCGAUAUGCUGAGGCUCUGACGUUUUUCUUGGGGUGCGAUAAUGAUAGUGAGUGGGCGAGACUUUGGCCACAGCAUAUAUCAGCGCCCGCUGCUGGCCCUGCGUUCUACGCCCGCGUGUACCACCCCGCGUUCAACGUCGACUUGGAAGACGCAGAAGAAGCCAUCAACGCAUUCCAAAACCACGCGCGCGCAGUCGGGAAAAGCGUACAGGGACUCCGAAGUGUAUUUGGAAGGAUUAGAGAGGCGCGGAUUGAAAUGUCCAAAGCGGAGCGGUUGUUGUCGUACUCGUUGCUUUCGCUUAUUACGUCGAAGCCGAUGGCGGCGUCCAGCGCCCCAGGUACAACACGCGACGAGGAAGACGCGAGCGGGCACUCGACGACGACGGCGGCGGCGGCGGAGAAGAUGAAAGGACUGAAUAAUAGCGAUGGCGCAUGGUGCUGGCGCGAAAAUUGUGCGGAUUGUUUGAAGUUGACCAAGGCGGUGCAAAAGACUUCGGAGACGCUGCAGACCGUGGCGAAUUUGUAUGAUGGUCACGCGCGACGGACGCAGCUGGCUACGCAUGAGUCGUUGAAGCUUAUGGCGCAUCCGUCUUCUUUGUACGAGAGUGUUAUUACGACCCAUAAGUCGACUUUAUCGCGCUACCGCGAAGCAGUGGGCAUAUCGAAUAAAUCAGCUUUGACAUAUGCAAACGAAGAUAUGGCAGGCCGAUGCGAAACGGUGCUCAACACCACCAUGGCGGAGAUGGACGUGUACCACACGCAGAAAGUCGAGGAUCUCAAGACGGUCGCGACGGACCAUCUGGACGGCGAAAUCGCAUUUUAUGAGCAGAUUCUGACGCGCCUGCGCACCGCGCGCAAAACGUUCGAUGAUCCGCAGUACACCGCGCUCGCAGAGUCUCCACGUCUGCCGUCCAUUUAUGAACGCGACCUUUCAUUUGACCCGGCCAAUCCGCAGUCCUUUAGUGGUGGUAGCAGCGGUGGUGGUGGUGGUGGUGGUGGUAUGGCGACAAGACCGCUGCCGCAGCCGUGUCCGCACGUGUUUGAUUCGGCGCCGAUGCGCCCUGUGAGUGUGGCGAUACAGGAGGGGGUUGGGAUGUUUUUGGGCGAGGGUGGUGUGGGGAGGGCAAGUGUGUUUGGUCGAUUUUGGUGA